AUGUUCUUUUCCUCCAAGCCAAAGGAGCAGGCGGGCUCUCCCGACAGUCUUCCGGCCAGCGCCACCGCGCCUGUCGCUCCCGUCGCUCCCGGCAACAUGGACUCCGAUGCGGUCAAGAAGGCCAUCAUCCAGCAGGUUCUGGUGGAAUCAAACACGAGCAACGCCCGGCAGCUGAUUGAUAACAUGAACCAGCACUGUUUCGACAGCUGCAUCCCGAAGCCGGGCCCAUCCAUCUCCGGCAGCGAGCAGACGUGUGUCAGCCAGUGCAUGGAGAAAUACAUCACAGCCUGGAACCAUGUCAACACGACGCUGAUGCGCCGGAUACAACAAGAGGUUGCCAACGGCAGCAUAUAG